AUGGCGGCCUGCCCAAAGAAGGCGGACAGGCUAUUUGAAUUGCACCCCCGUGACAUGGCUAUCAGUCGAGAUUCUGAAGUUGAGGAGGCUGCAGAGGGGGGAGACGAAACAGCUUUCAGUAGAGAGCCUCAAGUUGAGGAGGCUGCAGAGGGGGGAUACGAAACAGAUGAAGGUGAUUAUAAGAACGAGUUAGGUGAGAAGGUGGUUGGUGCGUUAUACGCCCGCAAGUACGAGAUAGCUAAGCUGGCUGUUCUGCUGAAGAUCAUAGAUAACGGACUGAAACUCAAAGGCGGAGUGGACCAGAUAUCCAGCGGGAUUGAUCUCAAGAAAGAGGGAUACAUGGAAAUAUUCAACAAGAAGACUUUCAAGUCUGGUUUGGAGAAGAGUAUAUUCGGUGACGAGAUGGUGCUGAAGGGCAUGCGACAGAGCGGCAAAGCGCUCUUCGGUCUGGGGCUGGACAGCGCGUACGCCAUCGCCCUCAACAAACUUGGAGAUGGGGAUCAAUCGAUAGAGUACGGCGUGAGGCGACCAUCCAUCACCGUGUUACAGAUUGAACGCUUUGUGCCCGAUAUGAAAAAUAUAUUGAUAUGGACGGAUCUAUCUGUGAGGGAUAGCGGGCAAAGAGAAUUCCUGGAUAGAAGGUGUAAAUAUAACAAUUGCUUUAUCACAAAGAACAGAACCCUUUUUGGAGACGUUAGGUACUUUGACGCGGUGUUGUUCGAUUCGGCCGCGGCCAGUGAGGGCAUGGAGCUGCCUGAAGCGAGAGGAACCUUCCAGAAGUAUAUUUUCGUGGCCACAGCUUCGGCUGAUGACCAUCCGGUAUGCGAUCCCGUUUACGACGAUUUCUUCAACUGGACUUGGACUUACAGAUACGACUCGACGAUAACAUACCGAUUCUUCACGAUAUUCAACGCACAAUACGAGGAACUGGGCAGCAACUUCCGCUGGUACAGCAGCAUGGGAGCAGUAGACGACGCCUUCAAAUCCCAGUUCUCAACCAAGUCCAAAGCCGCCGCAGUAUUCCUAGACAGAUGCUAUACUCCUAGCCAAAGGGAGAAACUAAUUCACGACCUCCAGAUGGAUUUAGCUAAGUAUAAUCUCACAGUGGAUAUUUUCGGGAAAUGCGGUGAAGUUCAGUGUAAGACGAAAAACAUGAAGCCGUGCCUUUGGAGGUUGAAGAAGACGUAUUAUUUCUACCUAGCCUUCGAAGACUCUAUGUCGUUUGACUACAUAACUGACAUAGCGCUGUACGCGUACAAUAAUAAUGCAGUACCUAUUGUAUAUGGAGGAGCACAGUAUGAAAGAUACCUUCCACCAGGGUCGUACAUAAAUGCAUACAACACCACCACCGAGUCUCUCGCUGCCAAAAUGUUUCACUUGAUGAGCAACAGGGAUGCCUACUUCGACAACUUCCGGUUCCGAAACCACUACUUCUUCAGCAAGGUGGAGCCUCUGGACCUGUGCCGGCUGUGCGAGACCCUCAACAACCCGGCCAGUCUGGUGCAGAAGGUCACAUACUACAACUUCAGAAGAUGGUGGAAUCCGUCGUACGAUUUGCGGUGCUUAAUAAAAAAAUAUGGAUUGUAA